GAGGCCGACAGCGGGGAAGACGACUGCCGGUUCCAGCCCAGGAGCAUCAGCGAAAGCUUUCUCACGGUCAAAGGCGCUGCCCUCUUCCUGCCCCGCGGAAAUGGGUCCUCCACCCCCAGGGUCAACCACCGGCGGAACAAGCACGCAG